AUAUGAGGCAGAUACUGAAGGAGGAACCUGUGCCACGUGCUUGGCCGCAGCCCGCGCUCGCCGACAACGGAACGGUUGGCGUGGGCCGGGCGCAUUUCGAGAAACAACCACCGAGUAAUCUGAGGAAGAGCAAUUUUUUCCAUUUCGUAAUCGCCCUUUACGAUCGACACGGCCAACCGAUCGAGAUUGAGAGGACGUCGUUCAUGGGCUUCGUCGAGAAGGAUCAGGAGUCUGAGGGCCAAAAAACGAACAAUGGUAUUCAGUACAGUCUACAUCUGCUCUAUUCCAACGGUGUCAGACAGGUGCAGGAUAUCUACGUGAGGCUUAUAGACUCCGCGACAAAACAAGCAAUCAUGUAUGAGGGGCAAGACAAGAAUCCGGAAAUGUGCCGUGUUCUACUUACGCACGAAGUCAUGUGCAGCCGAUGCUGCGAUAAGAAGAGCUGCGGCAACAGGAACGAAACGCCCAGUGAUCCUGUCAUCAUCGACCGAUUCUUCCUCAAGUUCUUUCUCAAGUGUAACCAAAACUGCCUCAAGAACGCCGGCAAUCCACGUGACAUGAGACGCUUUCAGGUGGUCAUAUCUACGCAAGUGGGAGUGGAAGGACCAUUACUAGCGGUUUCGGACAAUAUGUUCGUCCACAACAACAGCAAGCACGGGCGCAGAGCGAAACGUUUGGACCCCAGUGAUCCUGGCGAGUAUAACAGUUUGUAUCCACCAAUACCUCUCCAAACACCAUGCAUAAAGGCGAUAUCGCCUAAUGAGGGUUGGACGUCGGGUGGAUCCACCGUCAUAAUCAUCGGUGAAAAUUUCUUCGACGGAUUGCAAGUAGUUUUCGGAUCGAUGCUAGUUUGGAGCGAGUUUAUCACACCACACGCAAUCAAGGUGCAGGCACCAGCGCGGCAAAUACCCGGCGUCGUCGACGUCACGUUACAUUAUAAAAGCAAACAAUUCUGUAAAGGAGCGCCCGGUAGAUUUGUCUACGUUUCGGUAAACGAACCCACGAUCGACUACGGCUUCCAAAGGUUACAGAAACUCGUUCCGCGGCACCCCGGUGACCCUGAAAAGCUUCCAAAGGAGAUAGUAUUGAAGAGGGCGGCGGAUCUAGCGGAAGCCAUUUAUAGUAUGCCUAAGAGCGGAAACAUGGGGAUCGCGGGGGCACCCAGAAGUCCGGGUUCAGUGCACGCACCGGCACCUCCUACAUCCAGUUCGGCAACGGCCUUUAAUUCGUAUACAGGACAACUUGCGGUGACGGUGCAGGAAAAUGGUACCGCGGCAAAAUGGACAGACGACGGUAGUUCCGUGACAACAGGAGCUGCUGCUGACGGAGGAGGCGGCGGCGGCGGUGGUGGCGGCGGCGGUGGCAGCGGUGGUAGUGUCGGAGCCAACGUCGGCAGCGCCGACGCUUAUAGACAAAGCAGCAGCGCAAGUCCACGUGGUGUCGUAACCGGCGGUGGUUAUUGCGGUAGUUCAGCCAGCACACCACACAGUCACAGUACUAACGGAAGUUAUUCCGUCGCCAAUCCGUACACCGGCAGCCCGACUCUCUACACCUCGCGACUAGGAGAGGUGGUCGGAUCACCAUUCAACAUGAACCCAUUUAUGUUGCCGACCUGCAAUCAAGGAUAUUCAGCCGCUGCCAGUCCGCUGCUUUCGUCAAACGGCAAAUAGUGCUACGAGAUGUAAACUCCGACGAGAUUGACGUGGAUCGUCGCCUUCGCGGAGAUAUUGUACGAACCGGCCGAUUAGUAUAUGCGACCGCAUCUGAAUAAUUGUGCAGAUAAUCGCAUAAACAAUGCCGCAUUAUUAUCGCACCGGCGUACGUACAUUGCCUUCGCGAAUUCGACUUGCUUGUGGCUCUCUUUUCUUCUCUGCUACUUUUGCGGCAAAAAGAAAGAAGGGCUGCUUGCGGCAACAUCAUUGUCGUCGGAGUUAAAGUCUUUUUUUUUUAUUGUUCUCCCUCUACGGGAACGCCGUGGACAGCUUUGUCAUUUGGCGGAGUUAAAGUCGAUAAUUUCGUAAGGAAUCAGGCAAAUCAGUGCAAAAAUCUAUAAGACAACUAUCUUGCUACGAUCACCGAUGAUCGAAUUAGUUAAGAAACGAUACAUAUCGAACAACGAGAAGGUGUUUUUCUAUAAAUCUAACAGCUCGGUCAAAAGAUGGCUCGGAAUAAUUAUUAAAAAGUAUAUUUAAAAAAAGCAACUUUAUCUUAUUUUACAACAGUUCUAAUAAUUUAUAGUUGGCAUGAAAUUCUUAUAUAAAUAAUAAUUUUAAUCAAUUCGAUAUCUCCAAUCGAUAUUUUAUGGCAAAUAUGAUCAAUACAAUUUAUAACAGCCCCUGUUAUACUAUAUUCCUUUAUCCCAUAUGUAAGUGAAUUCGUUAAUUGAUGAUUUAUUAAUGUAAAAGUCAUUUCGAAAAUAAUAAUGACGGUAGAUAUUUUUCUUAUUAUUAUUGAUAUAAUAAUGAUAUGCUUGCUGUAUUUGACACUAUUGACGAGCAAUAUUUAAACACAGAAUACUUUAAAUCUGUAUUUUAGACAAAAUUAAAAUCUAAUAAACCGAGAGCCAAUCGCAUGUACCGAACGAGAAAGCUAAGAUGGUAUCAAAUAUUUUAUAUCACUGAAACUACAGAGGCUGAUAAAGACCGAAAGAAAUUGACACCACUCGACGGACAUAUCGCUUAUUAAUGAAUAACAGAUACCAUAGUUUUAGAGAGCAUUUUCGACUUCGAAAUUUUAACUUCCUACCCCUACAAUUUAUGACUAACCAAUAUCGCCUAGUUAGCGUACCGUGUAACGUAAUUUGUAAAAUAUCUGUAAAUAUUGUUGCGAUGUACAAAAAGAAAACUAUUUCCAGGAAUCCAACGAAACAACAUUGACGUCACUCUAGAGUGAAAAUUAUUAUACAUAGGUGUAAAUAAACGUAGGGUGUACGUAGCGCAUCCGUAUAAUUGCGUCGGCGCCAUCCAAUUUUUUAACGCAAUCUCGAUCAGGAAUGCACGAGUUUAUGUCUCCAUAUCCAAUUCAAUUCAAAAAUUGAAUUUGUUGCAAUCCGUUCCACUCUCCACUUUAAAACAUAAUCUAGAUGAAUGACCAGUAUCUGGCAACAAAAUCAAACCACAAACGUUAAAAAGUUGGAUCGAACGCGACCUGUAUAAAACGUAUAUAGUUGAUUUGGAUCGUUUGAUAAGCCGGCCCGAAACAAAUCUCAUACAACUCACGAAAGUAUACGAAGUAUAUACCGGAUUGAAACUCCCAAUUAGUCCAAAACUUUUUGCAGCGGUUUUACGAGCGUAGAUCGUAUCGUUUGUCAAAACAAAAGUACCGUUAAAAGUUAUUAUUAUAAAGAGUUCCUUUUUGCAUAUCGAGAGACUUGGUAUGUACUUUUCUUCUAGGAAGUGCAUUCUUCGUCCCGGAGCCGAGCGCUCUGUGAUCUUGUGAUGUUGAUUAUAUAUAUAUAAAUAUAUAUAUGUAUAUUGAUUGUACCUUGGUUCAAUCACGUCACGUCAUCUUUUACGAGACGCGUUGUUCUUGUACGCACGCGAAGACACGAUACGCACACUCGCGCGUAUAAACACACUCGUCGGUGUAUAUUGAAAUAAAUUAAACUUACUUUUUGAGAAUUAAAAAUCUUGAUGAUAGAAAAGUU